AUGCUCUUGUUUAUAUCUAACACUUGUCCUGUAGGUGGCGCCCCUAAAGCCCUCCAAACCGUGUUUCAAGAUUUAUCCGCGUUUCUUAAGGCUCCCGAUGAGACUAAGAAAGCUCAACGUAUGAGGGCUCUUAAAGAAUCUUUCACCAAACUCGAGAACUACCAGCGUGAUCAUGGCUUGAUUAAAUUCGAUUUCGGUCCUCGACCUGCUUGUCCUAUUGGUCUCGAUAGUCGCCAUUUCGCCAAACUUCGUCGCAUCGACAAUCUUUUGAACAGGGCUCAGAUACAUUCUGAACUUCUAGUCCGCCUUCGAAAGGAUGUUGAAAUUGUUCUGGACGACCUCGCGCAAAUUCCCGUGGAAGACAAACAGAAGUAG